AGAAUCAGUGGAACUGUGAUUGCGAUCUGCGGUCGUCGCGGGAAUGGAUGCUCCGAAACAAUGUCCCGCAAUCCAUACCUCCCACGUGUCAGACACCCCAACGCGUGUCCGGACUCAUGUGGAACUCCCUCGACAUCGACGACUUCGCCUGCGCUCCCGAUAUCAUCAGUACUGCCACUGAAGUGACCAAAUAUGUCGGCGGAAACGCCACCCUUUCCUGUGUUGUCAAAGGACAGCCCCAACCGAAGAUCUUUUGGUAUGUUGACGAUGGCUUCUAUAGGAACCUGUCAUCCCAUUUGGUGAGAGGGGAGAAGUUUUUCUUAUACGAGGAGAAAAGCGACGGAAUCGUGAACUCAAUGCUAACGAUCACCGGUUUAGAGGAAUCCGAUUCCCAAUCAUUCAUCUGUUCGGCGGAAAACAGGGCCGGAAUUGCGACCAAAAACUUUACCAUAACUGUAAUGGCGCUACCAUUUGGAGCGGUGGCCGGUUGGUCGAAGGUGGAGGUGGCCGGCGCUGUGGUCGGCAUUCUCUCCUCAUUGGUGUUCAUCUUCGUGUUGGUCACCAUAUUUCUGAUCCGUUCGCGUCGAUCACACCAUCCGCCGGACGACAAGCCCUCUCCCAUAUCGGUGCUCAAGAAUUUGUCGCCCGGAGUGAAGUGCGAGUCGUCCGGUAUUAAGAGUCACGUGACUGUCAUCGGAAAGGAUGGCAACGAGAAGAAGCCCGAGAACGGCAACAAUAGCUCCGGUUAUGGCUCCGGAGGUAUGACUCCUGACUUAACGAAGACUGGUUUUGAUUUGAAUGGAUAUCACAAUAAUAUUUCCGGCAACGGUUACACUACUAACGAAAGUCAUUUCACGUCACAAAUGAUGCCAACAAUUGGUUAUCAAACCCAAAGCCAACUCUCGGUUGGGAACCAGAGUUUCACACAAUUGGCACCCGAUGUGAGCCAA